AUGGACGCGUUCGUGUCGCGCAAGAGGAAGUGGGAUGAGGGGCCGCCCAGGUCCGUGGCGAGUACAGGCAAGCGGCCUUCAGAGGCUAGAGACCCAGAAGAAGAGUCUACCGAUUUCAAGUUGGCCUUGCUGGCAUCUUUACAUCCUACAGUUGAUGAAGGGACUCUGCUUGAAGCAUUGCUCGCUGCUGACGGGGCCGUUGAACAAGCCUCGGAGUGUCUAUCACGGCCUCGAGUUACUUCCCCACGCAAGCGACCCGCAUCAUCGACAGUGGGCUAUCAAUCAUCUCUGAGCUCGUAUCGCAUUGCUCCCGCCAACGGCACGUUGAACAAGAAGCCACUUGUGAGAAAGGGCAAGACACUAUUUCUCUAUAGCCCAGAAGACAUCGAAGUACAUACGCCUUGUUCAAUCAUACACAAUUUCCUUCCGGUAGAGCAAGCGGAUGCACUGCUUUCGCAAUUACUGGACGCCUCGUCGACCUACGACAGGUACGAGUUCAAGCUGUUCGACAGAGUUGUUGUAAGCCCACACACGUACUCCUUCUACGUCAACAGCUUAGAAGAGGCGGAACGACAAAAGACGGAAUACAUCUACAACGGUGGCCAGAUCGAGGAUGUCCGACAAAGCCUCCCAGAAAUGCUCAACGCAUGCCCCCAAGUCGAAGACGCCGUCAACCGCGAAAUCCAACGCAGAAUCCGCGACUUCUACCCCAACGGCAAGAAACUCAAGUACCAAUCCCCCCACCCAUGGAAAGCCAACACGGCCUUCGUCAACUGCUACGACGGACCACAAGAAAGCGUCGGAUACCACGCCGACCAACUCACCUACCUCGGUCCACGAGCCGUAAUCGGCAGUCUAAGCCUCGGCGUAGCGCGCGAAUUCCGGGUCCGCAAGACCGUCGCUCAAGACGACGAGCACCGAAAAGACGACGGUUCUCUCGCGGACGCCCAAGGCCAAAUCAGCAUUCAUUUACCACACAACUCGCUCCUGGUCAUGCAUGCCGAGAUGCAAGAAGAAUGGAAGCACUCGAUUGCGCCGGCCCAGGCUAUCGAUCCUCAUCCGCUGGCGAAGAACAAGCGAAUUAAUCCUUCAUCCGAGGUAUACGCCGAAAUGCAAGUGUGGUGUUUCGACUGUGUUGAGGUGUGCGACGAGGAAGAGGGAGUCGAGGGGGAGGUAUAUGUGGAUGUGCCAUGCGGGUUAUGUGCCGGGUCGGGAGAGUUGUAG